AUGAAUAAAGAUGAAACGAUCUCUAGUAUUUCGGAUGAGGAAGUGCACCAAGGAGAAGAAACUGAAAAUUCAAAUGAGGUCCCACCUACACCAGCAAUAUCUAAAGCCAGUUCAAGAAGUUCCCAUGCAAGUAAAACUCGCCAAGGCCGCAAGAGGCUUGCAGACCCCAUUGAAUUGGAAAUUAGGAAAAAACUAAAUGAACCUUCCAAUGAAGAUGAGUCAUUCUUCAAUUCCGUUGUUCCUAUGAUAACAACAAUGUCAGAAGAGGAAAAAAUUGAGUUUAGGAUGGGAGUCCUGCAGCUAAUUCAAAAAAUUAAACGAAAUCGUCACAUAAGCACCUCUAGCAUCACCUUUUCUACUUCUCCUGUGUCUGAUUUCUCUGCAGUCUCAUCUCCGUCAUAUACUAUUCUACAAGCAGCAAACCCAUCAACGACAAACUAUCAGUCGUUUUUUCAAGAAGGGUCAUAUAUAUCAACAAGUAGCACCUCACAAGAUGUUUCACAACAUUGCCAAAAUAGUGUAUGA